AAAUUUCCUGAAAAUGGGCGGCGCAAGCAGAGAAGGUGGCAAGGUCAAGCCCCUCAAGGCCGCAAAGAAGGAGAAGAAGGAACUUGAUGACGAGGAUCUUGCAUUCAAGGAGAGGCAGAGAGCCGAGGCCAAGGCGAAGAAGGACCUGAUGGAUAAGGCCAAGGGCAAGGGACCUCUGAACACCGGCCAGCAGGGAAUUAAGAAGUCUGGAAAGAAAUAGAGAGUAUAUAUCAGCUUGGAUUUGAGCGAACAUGAUUCGACCAUAUCUCUCACCAGGGAUCGUCGAGUCGAUGUGAUUUCUUUUUUUUUCCCUUCACGAUUCCACGAGCCAUGGGAGACGAUGAUUAAAAGGUGUUAAUUAGCAUUGAGCUUGAUCCUCCUCAGGCAGAUAUACAACUAGGGCUCUUGAAUACUUUUUUAUAUACAAGACAUACUUAGUCCCGAGUUCAAUUCAAGGUUUGGGGCAGAGCAGAAGUAAUGAUAUUCAGCAUCACUAAUAAUAUCUACCUU